CUCAACGAUCCACAGUCCAAAGUCGCUUGCAGCGAAAGACAUCCAGUGCAGAGAGUUUAACCACCCCAGAAAAUAUGUUCAAAUUCGUGUUGAUCGCCAGCUUGCUGGUCGCCCUCGCUCUUGCAGCCCCUCCCCGGGAUGAAACCGAACAGGAAAGAUUAGAUAGGGAGGCAUUGGAACAGUAUCAGAAUGAAAAUGCCCAAUACAACUUCGAUUCCAAAGUGAUCGAUAAUAUCAACGAUGGACAAAUAACCAGGAAAGAGCAGCGCGAAGGAGGCACCGUCCGCGGCUCAUACAGCUAUGUUGAUGGAUAUGUGGAACGCCAUGUCGAAUACAUCGCCGAUAAGGAUGGCUACAGGAUAAUCAAGGACGAAAUGAAGGAUAUUGGAGAUGGCCCACAAUUCGAUCCCGAAGGCCAAGCCGACGUUGAGGGUUCGAUGAUCGGCAAAUACUCCAUUAAGUUGGAUAAGACCGACGAGGAGAAACAUUACAAGGAUGCCCGUGCCUAGAAGAGAAUUAGUUGGAUGAUUUCUAACAUUUAGAAAUGGACUGAAUACUUCGUAGAGUCUUAAAGUAGAGUAAACACCAUCUGAACAAAAUUUGAAUUUUUCUCCCAAAUAAAAUAUUGACCAAACUAAAAUAUUAAAAGGAA